AUGCGGACGCUUGACCAAAUCGAGUAUUCGGAGGAGGCCACAGUCGCCGCCGUGACCGACUUCUACGCCUUCCUGACCAAUAUGUACCUUCCCGAGUCGGCUGUCGUGCACCCGCCGCCAGGAGGGUGGCCAACCUUGGCCUCUGAUCUACAGGGCCUGGGGAAGUCGGACGAGGUCCUGAGCCUGCUCUCGCACCUACCGUAUAUCCGCCAAGAUCUAGACGAUAUCGAGAUACCGGAAGUAACCCCUGGGGGCCGUUGGAUAGACUGGCGCAUAUCCGGUACCUGGGUACGCGAGGGCGGCAGCGACAUCGACGAGCUUCGCACCAUCACCGAGGGCCCCGCCAUCACGGAGCAUGUACCCGAGAGCGUCGUCGGACUGACGAUGAGCGAGCACCACACCUUCAUCGUCGAUACGGAGCUCGGCGUCGUCUACUGGCCAGAGUGCCCUGGCCGCCUCCGCAACGGGCCCCGGUGCAUUGAGGACGACCCCCACGACUACUGCGACGACGAAGACGACGCCGAGUGGCGUGCCGACGGCGCCGCCUGGUCUGUAGCCGACUUCUUUAAGGUGCUCAAGGCAGAAUACCGCUUGCUGCGCUGGGUGCCGUGCAGCGAGUACGAGGUCUUGGAUUCGGAGAGCACGAUGACGAGGAGUCCUAUCGCGGCGCUUCAGGAGGUUUACCGGCGCUACGGCUGGUCUAAUUCGCAACAGUAUCGCAAGGAGGAGUGCCUCGAGGAGACGAAGAUGGUCAGACUUGCAGCAGAGCAGAGAGAGAAUGAGGGCGGGGACGCUUAG